GGGAGACGAGUCAUCAAGAAAAACAUGGUUGUGCUGUGCCAAAGUCAGUGCAAAACUUUGGUUAAUUUUUCGCAAAUAAAUACUGCAUAAUUUGCUAAUUGAGUAACUAAUUGGAAAGAUUUACUUGAUAUUUAAGGGCUUUAAUUACGUAUUGUAUUGGUCAACAGCUCGGGAGAAGUCAGAUCGCCAUUAUGAAGCUAAAUAUCGACCUAGUUUAAUUAAUAAACGUGGCGCAAGGCAAGAUUAGCUAAUCAUUAUGGAUCUUCCACCUCCUCCUCCUGUUCCGAUGCAGUCGCGCAUCUCUAAACCAAACGAUAAGAUAGAAGCACCGAUAAUUGCUUGUAAUGAUAACUUCAAUUUGCCAACGGGCCGGAUAAGGCGACCCUCCACGCCAAACAAGUCUUCGACAGGAGUGCUCACUUCUAAAAAUGUGGGGGGAGGUUCUUCUGGGGGCACGUUGCCACGAAAGGGCCGAGACGAAGUUAAAAAACAAGGGUCACGAAUUAGGUCAGCCUCUGCGGGGAGGGAUCACAAGACGGAAAUGUCAUCCCGCUAUUGGACAUACCUCUUUGAAAAUUUGGAGCGUUCAAUUUCAGAAAUUUAUGAAGGGUGUGAAAAGGAGGAGAAUAUUCGGCAGUGUAAAGAAGUCAUCCUAAUUUUGGAAAACUACACCCGUGACUUUACCAAACUGAUUGAAUGGUUUCAUCUCAAAUGGAAUUAUGAAAAGACGCCACCUCCCAUGCGAACGGCUCCACUGGCCUGGGAAAUUCGGAAACCAUCCCUCUGCCUCCUCCCACACACCCAAGCGUAUGAGAAACUUGUUGGAAUAUCGUCCACCAAACCGAAAUCUCAGAAGAUAGAUCAGAAGGUGGAUCCUCCUCGUCCUUCUUCUCGAAUAGGUUCGACCCCACCACCCACUUCUCCACUACCCGCAUGCGCAGAAGGGAUGAUAAAAAAGGGUCGUGCCACACCCCCUCUUGCUCCUUCUGCUCCUCUCCCCAAUAAUAAUCCAGCUAAUAACCCCGUGUUUUGUGUGCCUCUUAACACCACCACGACGAUCGACAUUGGCCUCCAAACCGACUUGGACGAAGAUCCUGACAUCUUCUACUUCGCGGGGGGUCGCACCGUGGCCUGUCAAACCGACAGUUUGGACGAGUAUGGGCCCCUCAGCCCCAUUUCCUUUAAAGAGAUGCCCGCCAUCCUGGUGCUGAAUACGUCAUCGUCAGAGUCCGAUUUUGGCGAGUGUGACGUCGUGGCUCCCAUUAAUUCCGACCCUGUCAAAGUAGUAGACACUGAAUUAAUGAACGUGUCGACAACCUCGUCAUCAAUGUUGCUAUCCGUAUCGACAACGUCGUCCUUGACGUCGAGUGAUUUUUGUGCUACUAACAGCAAUUCCGCGGCGAUAACCACUAAUCCAAGACCGAUAACACCAAUUGAGACCAAGUCAAGUUCAACUCAACUUUCGGCAGGUGUUUUAAUCUCAGAUGAACAUCAGACAGUGACCACGACGGAGAAGGAAUCGGCCGUGGCGAAAGUGACGACGACAACCACGAGAACGUCGACGUUUGCGGAGAAGGCGAAAAAUGGGAUGCUACGACAAAGCCAGGUCCAAGCAAAGUCCGUGUCCAGUUAUUUGAACAAGGUAGGAACGACGACGACGACGACAGGGGCGGCGACGGCGACCAAGUCGACUGCACUGACGACACGGAGUAACAGUGCCAAUAAUAAAGUGACGUUGACAUCCAGCAAUAUUCGACGAACUCUUGUGAGCAGUUUGAAACCGGCGACGGCGACGGGGCGGACGGGCGGAGGAGGAGGAAGUCGCGUUACGAUGGCCCCACCCGUCAUUCCGAAUUAUAGGAGCAAUAUUGCGAGCAGGUGUAGAACUGCGGUGAACACGGGACAAGUCACCGGACAGCCGGAAACGCAGCCUCAAAACGUGAAGUGUUGCCCUAAAGAGAAAACUAUUAACAAAUCUGCUGUCGUCGUCCCCCCACCGCUGUUGUCUUCCGCUACUGCUGCUGAAUCUGCUGCUGUUCUUUCUAAUUUUAAAGCUCUGCCGCCUUCUCCUUCCAUUUCUAGCGCAAAAUCCGGCCAGUCUUCUGCACAAGGGACACGCGACAAUAAUAGCACUACCACUUCCGGUGUAGAGAUGGGAACGACGACAACAACGGUUGUUCUUCCCACGGCGGCGACGGUCUCAUUUUCUAUGAAGCAUGGAGGGAUAACCAGGUCGAAAUCGAUGAUCAAUCCAUUUCCUACUUCUUCUUCUUCCACUGGAGGAGGAGGAGGUGGUAGAUUGACGAACAAGUCGAACGGUGGGAAUAAUGCAAACAAGGGGCGAGGAGGUCAAGGGCUGGGGUUGAUCAAGUCGUCCGGAUCAUUUAAACGGUUGCAUUCCAACAGCUACAUCUCACUCCCGGAUGAAACGACGUAUGCGAGAAAGACGAUCGAUGCGGACGGAUGGGAAACUGUAAAGACGAGAUCAAACCGUUCCAAAUGGUCGUCAUCCAACUCUUCGCUUGGAUCUUCGAAUGCGAACAAUCAGUCGCGAAAUUCUUUGGAUAAGGGAACCCCCAAAAAACGUGGUGACUCACAAACUUCCAAUAAGAAAGAGUCCUCUUCCACCUGCACGACGGAGAAAAAGGGGCCGAAAGAUGGGAUUUCUGUGGAAAAUGAUAAAAAUAGCAAGAAAUCCAAUACUGCUGGUGGGGGUGAUUUAAAGAGCAAGGUUACUGUGGCCAAGACCAACGGUAAUUGUGGUGGUGGUGGUGGUGGUGGGAAGAACAAGAGCAGUGGCGAUGGUCCAACGACGACAAGUGAGGAUGACGCAGCCCUUGACGAGGCCGAGAUAAAAAAGAAGGAGGCUGAUUUGGACGACGCUAUGAGAGAAGAAGAGCUUCUGGAGGAGGAGUUGCGCCAAGUAGAGAAGGAUUUCGAGAGGAUUGAGAACGACAGCACGACGGAGGAGGGGACGAUAACGGACAGUGAACACGCCAUCAGUCCCGACCCAGAAGAAGUCGUGGCCUUCGAGGAGAUGGACGACCAAUUCUUCUUCGUCAGCAUUGACGACCAGGAGAGUGCCAAUGUUGAAGACCUUCCUCCCCGCGAACCUGGUCGAAUCCUCACCCUGCGCGAGAAGCUAAUGUCCCCCGCGAAAAAGUGCGACGGGGCGGAAACGUUGAAACGGUACGAAGCCAAGUUAGCAAAGGCGGAAAGAAAUCGAGAAAAACUACUCCAGGCAAAAUUCAAUCGCUACGUAGAACUGAGCGAUCGUUUCGAGUCGCUGAACGAAACGACGCGGAAAUUGGUAGCGGAACGGUUCGAGUUGAUCAUCAAAGCGGAGGAGCGACGGAAACGUGCGGCCGAGAAGAGACACGAGUACAUCAAGAGCAUUCAGAGGAAGGGUCACGACGAAGACUUGAAAACCAAAGAGAUCGCAUUCAUCAAUUUGUUAGAGGCACAAAACAAGCGGCACGACUACAAUGCAUCCGUGCAGGAGGUCGAAUGUCGCCUGCAAACAUUGCAAGAUGAACGACGCCAGAAGCUGGAGGAGCGUUCGGGCAAAGCUUUCUCUGUGAUUUCGCGUCAAUCCAGAAUCCGGAAAGAUUGGCAAGCCAAGUUGACGCUGUUGCAGGAAAAGCGAAUGAAAACGAAUGAACGGAUCACUCGUGAGAAGGAGGAACGAGCGAAAGAAAGGUCGGAGAUGGCGCAGGAGAAGGCGAGAGACCGCGAGGGUCGAAUUUCUGCCCUCAAUGCGGCGAAACAAGCCGAAAAAGAGGAACUGCAGAAGAAAAUCAAGCAAAAACAGGAAGAAACUGCGCGACGCCAUGAAGAAAAUAUGGAACAAAUUCGCCAAAAAGCGAUUGAACUGAGCGCCCCGCGCGUCCAGGAGGAAAACGCUGCGCCCUCGUCGUGUCGCGUUUGCACGCUGUGUAACGUCCUUAUCCAGUCCGGAAUCCACGAGAUGCAACAUAUCCGAAGUCGUGGUCAUUUAGACGCUGUGAAAAAGUCGGGCGAUAAGGAUAAAUCGUUGCAGUCUUCGACGAGUGGGUGUUGCGGGGGGGACGCGAGUGGUGGUGGUGGUGAUCUCAGCAACGUCGUUGGCGGUGGCCCGGUCGACCAAGGAUUCGGUUUUAAAUUCAUCGCUGACAUCCAAACGGACAAAAUUGAUACGAAGAAGAUCCUUCCAGACAAAAAUAGGAAUCGUGGACUGAAAAAACAUAGCAAAAGAUUGAUGCAAAAGUUAAUGGAGAGUGGACUUGAAUAUGAGAAAUCGAUCCGAGAAGAGAACCUCGAGUCGAAACCGAACCUGACCACGGAUCCGAAGCUGAAGGGAAAGAUGCGGAAGAAUAUCUUGGAGUUGGACAGGAUCAUUUCUCUCUUCAUCAACAACAAGGGCACGACCAACCUGGCCACUUCCAUGGAUCGGAUCAUGGCAGAAAUUAGGAAAACCUCCGUCCAAAACGUCUACAUAAAGGAUUGCAUCAUUGGAAUGAACGGGUUGGAAGUGGCUCUCAAAAUACUUCAAUGUCAAGCCGUCGACCUUCCUGCAAAAUCCAAAAUCCACGCCAUCGAAAUGAUCCACGCCUUCAUCCUGGGCAGUUUAGCGAACGGUUUAUACAUCCUGCGCGGCACGGGAAUUUGUACUUUAAUGAAUCUCUGCGCGGAACGGUGGAGUACCUUAAUUCCCGACGAUAACCGCUGGUUAUGCAGUUCACCGCUCGGUGCGAAUAAUCAUUCCUUACCGACCGACUAUUUCAUCCAAUCCGUGGUGGAACUGCUCUUCAACGUUUUAGACUAUGUGCCAGAUCCCUUCAAAGGAAUCUUGAAGAAGGGAAGUUUCUUGACGACGGAUGAAAUCGCGUCGAUUAAGACGAGAACGUUUGAUAUUAUUGGAUAUCUGGUUACGUCCGGCGUGGUGGAUCGUAUCUCGGUCUACUGCAGUGGCGUGAGAGGUCCGGUCGACGACCAACCCGCGGUUGCCCUCUUGCUCCAAGUCUUUCUCGACUUUCUCGUCUUACUCGUGUACACAUUGCAGUUUUGCUGGGGCGAGAAUCCGGCGAGUUGCAUUCUGCAGAAGAAGGAGGCGGAUGGAACACAAUUGUUGGCUGCGUUGGAGGCGUCCGAACUUGCUGGAGCCGUGUCCAUGUCGUACUCACUGCUUCUCCACCAAGGCGCCCCCACCAGACCCAGGGCAGUGGAUGGGAAGGCAGACGUCACAGGACCACCGCCACCGCCUGGAGAAAAAACGGCCGAAGUAGUCAAGUCCACGUUAUGUUUGAUCAACGCGUUGGCCCGGUUGGACUUGUGGGCUUUGCAGAAUGUGCUAGCAUCGGAAGCUGUUUCUCUGCAGUUUCGUCACAUUGCUUCCCAACUUUUAUGGCAGGUCGUGCCUCAUCGCCAGUCUGUCUUGAUGCGACGCCUUCUCACCGAACUUAUCAUGUCCAUCGGUAACUUUAUCGUGGGGAAUAAACACAAUCAGGCAACAAUCCAAUCUGGCCAGACGCCGACAGUGUUGCAAUUAUUGUGCACCCUGCCUUCCGAAUAUUUCACGGAUUCGAGGUUCAAACAAAACUUUAUCCCGACCCUGCUCGCCGCUACGGAAGGGUGUCAGGAAAAUAGGGAGAUUCUCAUCCAGAACAAUGUCGAUCUUAAGAUGCUGGACGAUUAUCUAACCUCGGAGGACGGGAAGAAGAACGUAUUCGUGAAAAGAAUGAUCUUCGUCACGUCGCAGCAACAAGCGCAUCUUGCCGGAAUGCAACAACUCGUCGCCACAUCGCCUGGCGGAGGAGGAGGUCAAAAUAACAAAGGUCACGCCAAAAAGACCAAAAAGAGUGGUGGCGUGAAAGCAAAACCGUUAGAGGAGAGCAACAACGUUAUUGUUACGACGACCCCUGUAAUUAUCGCGUAGUUCCGGUUAGAUAACCAAUAAUAACAGAUAAUCCGUCGUGCUGAUAACUAAUAAAUAAUCAAUCAAUUGAUUACUAAUUAUUAUAAUGACUGAAACAAGAAUGCACAAUUUUAAUAAUUAUUUAAUGAUAUAAUUACCUGUAAAUUAGUCUUGUCAUUAAUUAAUUAAUUAAUUAGACCAAUCUUUUACUUUAAUCCCGGUAGAGGUUUCGUUUGUAGUGUUUUUUAUCGUGAGAAUCACUAGUUAACUGCGUUUGAAUAAUUAUGUAAUAAUUAUAAUAUGUGAUACUUUCUAAAAUAAUGUAGUUUUGAGUCGAGAAGUCAAUUAACUUAAUAAAAUAACUUUUUCUUACCUGUGAAAUCAAA